AUGUCGGCCGCCAGCAGCCGGACGCGGACGGCCUGCGCGUCUUGCACGCGGCGCAAGGUGCGUUGUUCCAAGACGAUUCCAUGCGAGACAUGCAUUCGGAGAGGCGAACAAGACUCGUGCGGACCAGAUGAGCUGGUGCCGUCUCCGGUGCUCGCAACGCCGACCACGAUGCAGCGUGACACCAUACCGAGUGAGCUUGCAUUUCUGCGGCGACGCAUCCGCGAACUUGAACGUCAAUCAUGUCGACUGCCGGCGGAGGGAGACGGAUUGGACAAGCAUCCUCGACAACAGACGCAGGACCGUUAUUUGUCACCCCUGCUUGACAAUGCCGUCGUGGACGAUACAGAAGACGUGGACAACGAAGAAGGCAGCCAAUACAGUGCGGCCGAUCAGGACAGGGAGAAUGACGGCUCCUUCGUGGACAGACCCCAUCAUCCGGGCAAGCGACGGGACACGAGCGACACCGUCAUCAAGGACGCCGCGUCCAUCCUGGAGUUUCUCGCGUGGGGCCGCCGCAAAGACCCAGGACACCAUCCUGCAAGCACGGGUCGCCACAGCAGCGUUGGUGAUGGAAGCACGACAGUCGCCGAUAUGGCCACGAUUACGGUGCUAGACGAGGCCGACGCGCUCCACACGCCAUUUGGAGAAUUCGGCGGCCGACCCGACCAUCUGCAACAACUAAACAUGGACGACAACGACAGCGCCGACGGCGAUAACCCGUUCAGUGGCAGCCAUCCGCACAGCGCGCACAAUCCCUUGGCCGUCAUGCAGCUGCUUCUCCCGAGUCGUCGCCAAGUCGAGCAGCUGGUCGACUACCACGUCGAGUGCCUGCUGUGGUACCACGCCUCGUUUCUGGCGCCGCGCUUCCGUGCUGACCUGGCGUCCUUUUACGACCGGUUCGGGGGGCAUGUCGAUGCCGUCGAGGCGCACCGUGGCGUCGCCGGCCUCGACCUGCAAUGGGUGGCGCUUCUCUUUGCCGUUCUGUCCGGCAGCCUGACCUGCGCGCCAACUGCCCGAGCUGCGGCCUGGGGCUUUCUGGGAACCGAACGCCCCGCGCUCUGCAAACACUGGUUCCAGGCCGCGCUGGCCUGCCUCGCCCGCGCCCCGUACAUGGCCCAUCACAGCGUCCGCUCCUGCCAGGCCAUUGCCACCAUGACCAUCUCGGCGCACAUUCUCGGCUUCUCCAACACGCAGAGCAUCCAGCUGGCGGCCGCCGUGCGCAUUGACCAGUCCCUGGGGCUGCAUCGGUUGGGCUCGCGCUCGCACGACGGCAGCCCCGGCACGGCCGACGUCGAAGAGGGCCGUCGCGUGUGGAGUCAGCUGUGCAGCCAGGACUGGUUCGGCAUCCCCUUCUCGGAAAGCUACCUCGUCAACCCGCUGCACGCGCAGACCGCCAGGCCCGCCAACGUGCACGACGAAGACCUGGCCGCCGCCGCGGCCCCGUCGGACGCAGGCAGCAGCAGCAUCCCGGUCCAGCCCGAGGCCGAGCCCACCGUCUCCGGCUACUGCCGCUUCCUCAACACCAUCGCCUCCAUCAUGCCGCGCCUGCAGGACGGCCUGCUGUCCUGCAACACCGCCUAUACCCGCUACCAGCAGGUCCUGUCGUGGGACGCCCACAUGCGCGCACUGGCCACGGCCGGCCGCCCGCGCUUCCUGGGCCCCCAGGUGCCCCUGCAAGACCACUGGCCCUGCUGGGUUCCCUGGGCCCGCCGCGCCCUGGCCAUCAGCUCCGGCCACAAGAUUAUCAUGAUCCACCGCUCGUUCUUGUCCGAGAGCUUCACCAAUCCGGCCUUUGCCUUUACCCGCCACACGUGCAUCGCCGCCUCCAAGACCAUCAUCAAGGAGUACAAGGCCGUUGUGCGGGAAGAGGGGCCUGUGCUGUGGGUCCACCAGGCGUUCUCGGUGGCCGCGUCCAUCAUUUUGACUCUGGACGUGCUGCACCGCGGUCCGGGCGACGAUGCCAGCGUGGUCCGCGAGCAUGCAGAACACGCUCGUUUGGUCGAAGACGUCGUCGAUUUGCUGCGGCAGUUCCCGCAGAGCAUGAUUGCCGUGCGCGGGAUGCGGCUGCUGCGCGCCCUGCUCGACGAAGUCGGCCGCCGGGACGCCGCUCCUGCGCCAGACGAACGAUUUGCCAUCGGCGAAGCCCGCUCCCGAAAACGGAAACGACCAUGGACGCACGACCACCGAUCGUCGCUGUCGGUUACGAGCAACAACGGAUUCAAUGUGCCUGCUUUCAUUCGCAGUUACUGCCGAGGCGAGACGACGGACGAACAGCGGCAGCCCAGCAGUAGACCCCACUACAAACGGCGACGGCAGAUGCCCUCGAAGCCGCUUGCGAAUGGACACAGUGUUGAUACGGAAGCCGUGACAUCACAACCACUCACCGGGACUCUUCCUUUGGGAAAAGAUCACCUUCUUGACAGUGCCAUAGCCGACACAGUGGACACUGCGGAUCGCUUCCCGGUAGCAUCCGUGGGAGAGGAAGCGACAAUGCUCAGCGACGAGUUUGUUGACACUGGCACCCUGGGUCUUCCCACACUACUUCCGCCGGGUUGGGAGAGGACUAGCAACGGUUUUGAGAAUCUGCUCUACCUGGCGAGCCAUGAUAUGUCCCUACCGUAG